AUGUUCUGGACUCUAGCCUGGUUGCUAGGCAACCAGAUCACAGCUUGCUACUGCAAUGCUGUCCGUCGCAUGACUACAAAUUACCUUACCCUAAACCCCCUUCUUCCGAACCAUAAACCAUUGUCUUCGAAUCUUAUAAAUGGGCCUACUCGCUGGGGGUAUGCUGGAGCUCUGACGGACCCACGAUACCAAUCGCUCCAUAACGGUGGACACUCGAGCCCCUUAUCCGCAGAUGUCCACAAGGGUUUGGGCGCCAUGGCCACAACGAGGCUCGAGAUCUCUCUAACCCUUGAGACCUCCGUUGCAUUCGGGCUAGGGAAGGUUCAGCUUGCGUCCCGGCCGAAGGAAGGGUCCAUCGGUCGGACAAAGACGUCAGGCCUAAGCGUGCCGGCCGACUUGACCAUGACUGGGAUUUGGUACAUGUUUGUCAUAUAUCUACUACACACUAUAUUUAUGACGGAAAAUUUCUAG